CAAAAACUCCACUACAAGUUGUCUAACUUUUGCUUUUUCUUUGUGGCUGGCAUCAUGCCACCAACCCAAGAAUGUACAUCGUUUACAAAAGCAUACCUGGUAUUCAUUAAGGAACAUAAGGGGCUAUGAAUAGUUUGAUGACUGCGUAAAUGAUUUAAUGAAAACAGUCGUAAGUCCGACAUUAAUUUUUACAAAGUGUUGGGAGGUUGCUGUUUUCUGGUUUCUGGUUUCGGUGGUUUUCAUUAACGUGCAGUCAUAAUUAUGGGUUGUUUAGUCAGUCAACAGUUUCCACAGCAUAUAUUGGCAUGAUCAUGAUCAACAGAAACUUCACAACCAUUAUUGACAUAAUUUUUCUUAGCAACAUUUCUUUUUCUUUUCAGUACUCUUGAGCUCUAGAUUUUUUUCCACACUAAUGUCGCUCAUUAGAGAUUCGCAACACCUUCGUGUACCCUUUAGAGAUAUCGAAAUAGCCACUAGAAACUUCACAACCAUUAUCGGAAAGGGUGGAUAUGGCCAUGUCUAUAAAGGAGAACUCUUACUUUCGGGUAAACUUACCUCUGUCGCUGUGAAGCGACUACCAAAAAACAACCAUUCUGGUCAAGGUCUUAAGGAGUUCUUAACAGAGAUUCAAUUACUCUCCCGUUAUGAACAUCCAAACCUUGUCUCCCUUCUUGGUUACUGUGAGGAACACGAUGAAAAGAUCCUUAUUUAUGAGUAUGCAGAGCAUGGAAGCCUGGACUGUUACAUAAGUAUGGCUAAUACGAGGUUUCGACUCCCAUGGAAGCAAAGAAUUAAAAUAUGCAUUGACGCAGCACGGGGUUUGGAUUAUCUUCAUAACCAUGUUGCAGAAAAUCAUAGAGUUAUCCACAGGGAUAUAAAGAGUGCGAAUAUUCUUUUAGAUCACAACUGGAAAGCUAUGAUUUCAGAUCUGGGUCUUUCCAAGAUAGGUCGUGCAAAUGAAAAUGAGAGUUAUCUCAUUACAAAUGUUGGUGGCACACAUGGGUAUUGUGAUCCUGUGUAUAUGAAUACAGGUAUUCUGACAAAAGAAUCGGAUGUUUAUUCAUUUGGGGUGGUAUUGUUUGAAGUCUUAUGUGGGAGGCCAUUCUUUAUGAAAGUAAAUGAUGAAAGCCAAUUCCUAACACAACUAGCUCAGACCUGCUACGAAAAAGGGAAUUUAAAUGAUAUAAUUGAUACUGAUUUGAAGAAACAGAUGAACUCAGAUUCCUUGAAAAAGUUCUCAAAGAUUGCAUAUAAGUGCUUGAAGAAUGAUCGGAAACAGCGACCCUCAAUGGGUUUGGUGGUAGAGAAACUUGAGAAAGCUUUGGAAUUGCAAGAACGUGCGGAAACAUGGGUACCAAAUGAACUUGCAUACACUUGUGGAAAUGUCGGCAAGAAAUGCUAACAAGAGGUGGAUUGUGAUCUUGAUACUUUUGCUGAUAAUGAUAAAAAAACAAGUAAUACUAAAAAUACUAUUGAUUCUGUUUUUCUUACUUUUAUUAUUACUAGUAUUAUUAUUAUUAUUGUUUUUAUUUAUUAGAACUCUAUGCAAUAGGGGUUGUGUUCAGAUUUCAGAUAUUCGGAUUUCAUAUUAGGUUGGGUAUUUAUAGAUAUAUCUGAUUUUGUAACAAACCUUAAAAAAUAUAUAAUUGUCGGAUGCUACUUGUAUGUAAAGUGUGUCAAUGGACAUUCCUUCUUUUGUAAUUUUUGUUAGAGAGUAUGUAAAAGAUAUUAAAAGUACUUACACC